AUGUCUCUGCAAUCCGAUGAAACGAAAGAUUUGUUGGACAUUGUCGACAAUCUCCGAUCACAUGGAAUCAAUCGAUACAUCGACCUGCCCGAGAUUAUCGUGUGUGGCGAACAGUCCUCCGGGAAGAGCUCAGUUCUUGAAGCAGUUUCAGGCAUGAAGUUUCCGAGUAAAGACAACCUGUGUACUAGGUUCGCGACAGAGUUAAUCCUUCGACGAGGUGCAGAUGCACCCAUCAAGAUUGGUAUCGUUCCCAGUUCACGGGAAAGGGAUCGCUCAAAAUGUGAUCUGGAGAAGCUGCACAAUUUCCACUACUCCGUCUCGCCAGAGGACCUGCAACUCGAGGCUGUGAUUGAAGCCGCGAAAGAUGCAAUGGGUAUAUCUGAGGGGAGCGAUAAAGUGUUCAGUUCUGACAUCCUUCGCCUGGAGCUAUCAGGGCCCGAAAAACCACAUCUUACUCUUGUCGAUCUGCCCGGACUGUUUCAAGCUGGUAGCCGUUCCCAGUCGGAAGAAGAUAGCGAGACAGUCAAGUCACUCGUGCUCUCGUAUAUGAAGAACCCACGUAGCAUCAUACUCGCCGUCGUGUCCGCCAAGAACGGCUUCAACAACCAAUCGAUCACAAAGUAUUCGCGUGAGAUCGAUCCAAAGGGGCACCGUACCCUUGGACUGAUUACGAAGCCGGAUACGCUAGACGAGGGAUCUGAUAGCGAACGGUUCUACCUUGAGUUGGCGCAGAACAAAGACGUUAAGUUCCGCCUAGGUUGGCACGUGCUUCGCAAUAGGGAUUUCAAUUCCAAGGACACGACUACAGAGGAGCGCGACAAAGCUGAAGCUCUGUUCUUCGAAACCGGAAUAUGGAGGUCGCUUUCGACCGAUCAGACCGGAGUCCACACUCUGAAGCCUAGACUCAGCAAGAUUCUCAAAGACCACAUUGUAGCACAGCUACCAGAUGUGCUCGUGCAGAUUAAGGACGGUAUUCAAGAAUGUACAGCGAGAUUGGACACUCUGGGUGCAUCCAGGGCGACGUCGCAAGAGCAGCGACGAUACCUUCUACAAGUCAGCCAGUCAUUCACCACGCUUGUCAGAGCUGCUGUCGAUGGGCAAUAUUCGGAUCCUUUCUUCGGUGACUCUUCCACCACUGAAGGCUACCAAAAGCGUCUACGAGCGGUUCUCCAGAACACACUGACAGAAUUUGCGGCCGAUAUGCGCAAGAAGGGCCACACUUUUACUAUCAUGGACGAAGGCCCGACUAAGCUACCUCAUCAAAUAUCUCGCGCGGAUUACAUCUCAAAGGUCACCAAGCUCCUAGAGCGAAGCAGAGGUCGAGAGUUGCCGGGAACAUUCGAUCCACUUAUUGUUGGGCAGCUGUUUCAUGAACAGCGAAAGCCUUGGAUGGAACUUGUCGAUCAAUAUCUAGAGAUCGUUCUUCAUGCUGUCCGCUUCCUUGCUCGCAAGGCUCUAGCGCACGUCUGUGAUGAAACAAGUCUCGCUGGUAUAACGAGGCAGUUUAUUUACGUCCGGUUGGAAAGACUUACCGCCGAACUCCGUACGAAAGUAGCAGAGCUUCUGGAACCUCAUAAUACCGGCCAUCCGAUCACGUACAAUCAUUACCUCACGGACAACGUACAGAAAGCACAGAACAAACGGCGAGCACAAGAGCUCAAAAAAUCAUUGGAGGGGGUCCUUGGCGGAGACUUUACUGAGAGUGGCGUACGCUACAUUUCAAUCGACGUGAAAGUCCUGGUUGACGCACUCGUUUCCAAGACCGAGGCAGAUAUGCACAGCUACGCGAGCUCUACCGCCACAGAUUUCAUGCAGGCUUACUAUAAGGUCGCACAGAAGAAGAUUAUUGAUGACUUCAGCGUCCUCGCUGUCGAAGCGCGUCUUAUUCAAGAACUUCCGUCUUUGUUUUCUCCAGCCGAUGUCAUCGACAUCGACGAAACCACCGUCGCUGCUUUGGCAUCAGAGAGCGAGGAGUCUUCAAGGGAGAGAACGCGCUGCAGUGAAAAGCUUAGGAUCUUGGAAGAUGGGCUCAAAGCUCUACAAAAUGUUCGCGACGUCUCGCCACUCCAACGAGAUACUGAUGAGCCCCUUUUGGAGAAUGUCACAGAUUGGGAAUACAAGCAUCAAACCCCUGAAUCGGCAGAAACCUUAGCAGACCACAAAGAAGAGGUCCACCAAGUUGUGGAAGAGACUUCCGCUCACGAUCAAGCCCCUACGCCUGACGAUCAAUGGGGUUUACCAGUCCCAGUUUCUAUAACGAAAAACAAGAAAAAGGGGUCGAAAAAGACCCCCUGGCCAACUGAGAUGCCAUUUGAGUAG